GGCGGCGUCUUGGAAUCAGAUUCGUUCCAUGGAACUUUCUCAUCGCCUCCUUCUCCCGCCAUUUUUCUUCUUCUUCCUUGUCCUCUUUCGUCCCGCUGCUGCCGCUUCAAAUGAUACAGUGACACCAUCACAACCGCUCAGAGACGGCGACGUUUUGGUCUCCAAAACCGGCACAUUCGCGAUCGGAUUCUUCUCCCCCGGCCGGUCUACCAAUAGAUACCUCGGCAUUUGGUUCCAUCAAAUCCGCCAGCAAUCCGUCGUCUGGGUAGCCAACCGUAAUCACCCAAUCGCUGCCGGCGAUUACGGAAUCCUCUCAAUCGACGGCACCGGCAACCUUGUCCUCCAUUCACAAAAUCGAACUUCGAUUUGGUCAACCAACGUUUCGGCGAAGUUCGAUUCCCCGCGCUUCGCGCGGAUUUCAGAUUCAGGGAAUUUCGCGCUUUUCAAUUCGACGGCGGUUCUGUGGCAGAGCGUGGAUUACCCGACGAACACAUACCUACCGGGAUCGAAGCUCGGGUUGGAUCGGAAAUCGGGUCUGGAUCGGUUCAUAACCUCGUGGAGAUCCGACGACGACCCAGCAACAGGCGAAUUCUCGUUUCGGGUCAACCCGAACGGCGCCCCGCAAGUCUUCCACUACCGAGGCGAAGGAAGAAAAACCCCUUAUGCCAGAAGCUUUCCCUGGCCAUGGAAAAGCUUCCCCGACCUUUUCAACGCCUCGUUCAUCAACAACGAAGACGAGGUCUAUUUCUCCAUCUUCUUGGCCGAAGAAGAUUCUUUUCUCUUAUGGGUAGCUAUGUAUCCGAAUGGAGUCUUGCGUCAGAAGAUCUGGGCACAGGGUUACGAGGAUUGGAAGGAGUAUUGGGCGACGCCGACGCAGAAAUGUGAUUCCUAUGGGCGCUGCGGCCCCAAUGGUGUGUGCGAUCCUGGUAAUGGCAACGCUUUCGAGUGUUCUUGCUUGCCUGGAUAUGAACCCAAGUCAAUGAGAAGCUGGCGAUCGUUUGAUGGGUCUGGCGGGUGCGUGAAGAAGGGAUCGGGAAAUUCGGAUGGGUUUUGUGGGCUGGGAGAAGGGUUCGUGAGAAUGCUCAAGAUAAAGGUUCCUGAUACUUCAGAAGCCGUUUGGAUUGAUAGGCGUGUUGGCGGCAGUGAAGUGAGCUGUGAGCAUGAGUGCAGGAGAAACUGUUCUUGUUCUGCCUUUGCUGAUAUGGAUGGUGCUGGGAAUGAGAGUGUUUGCAUGUUAUGGUACGGAGACUUGAUGGAUGCAAUGUAUUUCCCUGCUACGUCCCAGGAUUUGUAUGUUCGAGUUGAUGCAACUGAAUUUGCUUAUUAUCAGGCUGGGUCAAAAGCCUCUGCUGAGCUGAGGUUGAAGUUGAGCAUUGUCCUGCCAGCUGUUGCUUCAACAGGGCUUGUCCUUGUUGCUUUUUGCUUGUUUUGGCUCAAGAGAUGGCGAAACAGGACUGCAAAGAGGAGAAGGAUCAGAAAUUUGUUCCAUCCAAAUGAUGGUUCAACUCGAUCCGUGGUUUCUGUGAUGACAGAGGAAACGGAUGGAAGCUCAGUGUCUCCAGAGCUGCCAUUUUUCAGCAUCAGCACCGUUCGAGCUGCUACCAACAAUUUCUCUUUCGCUAACAAGCUUGGACGGGGAGGGUUUGGCUUAGUGUACAAGGGGAGACUACCUAGUGGGCAAGAGGUUGCUGUGAAAAGGCUCAGUGUAACUUCUGGGCAAGGACUGGAACAGUUCAGGAAUGAAGCAUUGUUGAUUGGAAAGCUCCAGCAUAGGAACCUUGUCAAGCUCUAUGGAUGCUGCGUUGAGGAAGAAGAAAAAAUUCUGGUUUAUGAGUACUUGCCUAACAAAAGUUUGAACCGUUUUAUUUUCGAUCAAAUUGGAGGAGCAACAUUAGAUUGGACAAUACGUUUCAAUAUCAUAAUUGGUGUUGCACGUGGAAUCUUGUAUCUUCAUCAGGAUUCGAGGUUCAGAAUCAUCCACCGGGACUUGAAAACCAGCAACAUUCUCCUAGAUGCAGAGCUUAACCCCAAAAUCUCAGAUUUCGGCUUAGCUAUGGUUCUUGAAACCGGCCAAUAUCGUGGGAAGGUAGCCAAGAUUGCAGGAACUUUUGGUUACAUGUCCCCAGAGUAUGCAACGCUUGGCAUAUAUUCAGAAAAAUCCGACGUCUUCAGUUUUGGGGUCAUAUUGAUCGAAAUGGUUACCGGCAUGAAGGUCAAUAAACUAAUGGAAGGAGCUGAAAACAAGAGCUUGAUAAGCACCGUGUGGACGCUAUGGCAGGAAGACAAAGCGAUAGAGGUUGUUGAUUCAUCAAUGGUGAUGGGAUCAUACAAUGCGGAGGAAGUAUUGAGAUGUUUCCAAAUUGGCCUGUUAUGCAUGGAGGAAAAUGCCGAGGAUCGACCCAAUAUGCUGACAGUGGUUCUCAUGUUGAACAGUGCGAUGCCUCUUCCUCGUCCCAAACAGCCUGCAUAUGCCAGUGACGGAAGCUGCUCCAACCGCCAACCUACCAGAUCAUGUUCUAUAAACGAGCUAACUCUGUCAGGAGUUGUUGCACGCUGAUUCUUUGUGGCUGCAGUUGGGAAAACGCAGUCGAUGUCCAGUUUUGCCUGACUUAUGAAUCUUCCCUGCUGCCAGUUUGUCGGCGAAGCGAAACAUGUCUCCCAGGCCAAAUCGAGAGGGCACGAGGCUGUUCAGACAUUGCGUCGAGCUGUUCAAGUGCACGAUGAAGGCUGUAAUCCAUGGUCCGUUUCAGAUUUGAUUUCCGGGUCGCCUGUAUGAGAAGGAGCGGGAAAGAAAAGUGUUCAAGAUUGCGCGCGAAUAUAUGAACUGGCUUGGUGUAGGGCCUAGAGUGGAAAAGUCUUGUGCCCAUUAGUUGUCAUCAUGGUCAUCACCAUCGGUAUAACCGGUAUGAUCGACUUACGCAUUUUAAGUAAAAUGAUAUCAUUUUAAUGAAUUUAAUGAAUACAAAAAUUAAUUUAUUAUUUAUUUUAUGUAUGUAAUAGUUAAAAGUCGAUGAUAUUUAUUGGAUUGUAACUAAAUUGUCCACAAAUAUGUUUUAUAUAUGAUUAAGGGCAAUGUCUAUUUUUUACCCAAAUCUUUUCAAAA